GCGCCAGCAUCAAUUUGCAGGCUGCAGCCUGCUCCGGCGAGGAGGCUUGCACGGCUCUGCACGCCGCGCAUUUAUGCGAUGAGCCUACGGUAACACGAGCACAAGUUCAAACCAGUGCAACAUGCCUCCCAAGAAGACUCCGGCCAAAAAGCCAGCCGCGGCCGCCAAGGCACAGCCUGCAGCCCCUGCAGCAGCAGCAAAAAAGCCCGCCGCCGCGCGCAAGCGCGCCCGGUCGUCCUCAACCAUCGCCCCACAAAAACCGCCGCGGACGCACCGCUGCGGCUUCUGGCGCUGGGCGCCCUCGGACAUCACGGCGCUCGCGGCGAAGCGCGGCAGCGUCGUCGCCGCGGCGCGCGCGGACGGGAGCUUUGAGCUCGUGGACGGCGCGGCGCGCUGGACGUCCGUCGCGAAGGUAUCGGGCCGGCGCGACGCCGCGGCGACGUCGCUCGCGUGGGUCGCCGGCCGCUGCUACGGCGCGACGGCGUCGGGGAUCAUCUUCGAGGUGGAUUUUAAUGAAGGACGCAUCCACCACGAGACGGAUGGAUUAGGAGGCGCCGUCUGGCAGCUCCUCGCGGACGCGCGCGCGCCGGCUCGCUUGAACACGUGCUGCGACGACGGCUCGAUCCGCGUCUUCGAGUGCGACGAACAAGGUGCUUUGUCGUACACCGGCGCGCUACGGGUGGCGACGGGCGCGCGAUGCCUCUGCGCGGCGUGGGCGGAAUUGGGCGACAGCCGGGCGCUGUUUGCGGGCUGCGACGACGGCACGCUGCGGCGCAUCGAUUCAAACACGGGCCGCUCGUCUCUGAGGUUGACGGUCGACGGCGACUCUCCUAGAGUGUGGAGUGUAGCGACGCUGUGCGACGCGACGUCUUGCACCGUCGCGUCCGGCGACUCGACCGGCGCGGUCUGCCUCUGGGACGGCGUCGUCGGGAGUCUCCUGAGGCGCUUCGCGCGGCACGACGCCGACGUGCUCUGUGUGGCUAUUGCGGGCGACUGCGUCUUCGCGGCGGGCGCGGACUCGAAAGUCGUGUGUCUGGAGCGCCACGCGGACGAGUGGAGUUUCGCGGCGGCGCAUCGGCCCCACGUGCUGGAUGUGAGGGCUUUAUGCGUGUCGGAAGAUGCGGAGGGGCGUCCCACUUUGCUCUCGGGUGCGCUAGAUGCCAAACUCUGCGCCUACGCGGCGUCGAACGGGCGCUCCUUCGCCGAGCGGCGGCCGGCGCGAUUGUGGCCCUUCCCGGGCACGCCCUGCGUCCGGGCCUGCGAUGCUACGAGGCUCGCUACUUGUAACCACGGCGCGCACGCGGACGUGUGGCGCCUCGCCUCAUCCAGUGAUGCGGCGCCGGCCGACCCGAUUCUCGCUUUGAGGGUGACGGCGCCGGGCCCGCACAACUUGGCCUUUGCGUGCGUUUUUGACGGUGGUUUGUUGAUGGUUGGUGACGGCGCGACGCGGACGCGGUGCAUGCGUUUGAUUGAUGACGGCGACGCCCUUUCUACAGAACGCGUCGCCGGCGCGCGGCGGCUGCCUCCGUCCCUAGCCGCCGCAUCAAACGACGGUGUGCUCGUCCUCGCGUGCGCCGGGCGCAUCGUUGCCUACGACGUUUCUCAGAAUGAAUUGACGCCACGCUGCUCCAUCGCCUGCGCGUGCCCGGCGCCGGCGUUGCUAACGGUGCGGGACGGCCGCGUCGCCUGCGCGGCGCGCGGCGGCCGCGUCUUCGUCGCGGCGCUCGACGAUUCGACAGCGGCGCCGGCGCCGCGCGGGCCCGCGCGCGCCGCGGCGCUGGCGUUUCUGAGCGACGGGCUGCUGGCCGCGGCGACGCUGGACCCGGCGCGCCCCUUGUGCGUCGUCGACGCCGCGGCCGGCGAGGACGAGCCGCGCGCUAUUGUUGAGCAGCGCCAGGCCGUCCUCGACGCGGCGGCGUCGGCGCUGACGACGCGCAAGGACGCGCCGGUGGGGCUGGCGGCGGGGCCCCACGAUCGGCUCCUCGUCCACUCGCACGCCUACGUGUUGUUGGUUGACACGCACGCCGCGGCGCCGCCAGCGCCGACGUCGCCGCCGCCGAAGCAGCGCCGGCGAUCGCGGUCGACGACCGCGGACGAUCCGGACGAUAGAAUUGUCCCAUGGACCUUCUCUACCUUGUACUCGCCGCUCCUCGCGGCGACGUGGCUCGGCGACGAGAUCCUCGUGGCGGAGAACCCGUGGCUCGCGAUCGCGCGGCAGCAGACCGUAUCCGCGGUCGCGCGGCGGAAGUAUGGCGUCUAACAAGUCUCC